AUGUCACGCUUGCAGCUUCUUGGAUUGGGUUUCUUGGCACUUAGUCAAGCAGCGAUCGAUCCCAUUUCAAAUAAAAAAUGGGGGUAUAAGGCGACAACGAAUGAUGAAUAUGGACCGAAUGACUGGAGCAUGGGUUAUCCAAAUUGUGGAGGAAAACACCAGUCUCCAAUCAAUUUUCCAAUGCAGAAUCUCUCUCACACCAAGUUAUGGGAUAUUGAAAUGCCUCCACUUCAAUUCUGUGGGGCGUGCGAGAAGUUUACUGUUAAGAAGUUGGAAGAUUUAUACAAGUGGGAAAUACAUCAAGAUGAAAAUUGUACAGCGAAGUCGAAGAAUAAUAACGAGCGUAAAUACUCACUUCUUCAAUUUCACAUGCAUAUGACGUCUGAGCACACAAUUAACGGCAAACACUACGAUGCCGAGCUACACUUUGUUCACAAGGCCGUGGACGGAAGUGGCAAGCUGCUAGUUCUAGGUAUCUUUCUGCAAGCUGAGACUAAUACACUGCCAAACGUAUUUAUUCAAGAUCUUCUGGGUGAUAUGGAGAGUGAAGGCUCUUCGGGUGUGCAGGAACGAAACACAAACUACGCUGACAUGCUUAAUGACCUCGUGAAGAAGAGUCAUUUGCUCAAUUACAGCGGAAGUUUAACGACACCUGAUUGCAGUGAAAUAGUCGACUGGUGGGUCCUAUCAAAUCCAAUUGCGAUCUCGUUUGCCGAUCUUCAAAAGAUGAAAAUUCUUUAUGGUGAGCUCCCCGCAACGAAUAAUUCUUCUGACAAUCGCCCCGUUCAAUCUUUGAAUGAUCGGGAAAUCAUUUACUACCAUAGACAACCUCAUAAGAAGUGUUCGACGACCGGAAAUUGA